CAGCCGGUGGUGGAGUCUGCAGCGGUAGGAUGGCGGCGCGGAGAAGCUUGAGAUACCUGGGAUUCCCGGGCGCAAAACAUUCAAAGAACACUCUGGGAAGAACACAUUCCAGGAAACACAAGGCUGGUCAAAGGCACAAGCCUAAAGAUGUGUUUCGCUUUCCUGAUAAUUCUGAUGUCUCAAGCAUGCUGGGAGAAAUGGAGGAAGAAGAGGAAUCGUAUGAGUCCUUCGACCCUCCUCUGCACAGUACUGCUAUUGAUGCCGAAGAGGAACUUUCCAAACACUGUGGGUCCUCAGCCUCUCCAGCCACUCACGGAAGAGAAGAGAGUAGACGUUUGAGCCCUUCUGAAAAUGAAGCAAGUGGAAAUGAGUCUACAAAGACCAGGGCAAAAAAGCCACAGAGAAAGCUCGAGCCCAUCAGCGAUGAGUUUGAGAGCUCUGAAGAUGAUGUAAGGAGGAAAGUGGGGUCCACAGAGAGAACAAGUGCUCGGCAGCACCAGGCUCCUACAGCGUCUCCAGCACCCACCUUGAAGCCAGUCAAACACGUCACUCCUGAGAGGACAAGACCCCACAGCACUCAACCCUGCGCUGUAGAAGAGACUGGAACCGUACAAAGACAGCUGAAAACUCGGAAGAAAGUGAGGCUGUCUCCCAGCAGAAGGAAGAAAUCAAGAAGGGAAGCCACAGACUCAGAUGCUUCUGAAAGUAUGCAUAUUUGGUGUCUGGAAGGAAAGAGGUGUGGUGACAUCAUGGAGUUGGAUGUUAUUCUGUCUGCAUUUGAGAAAAUUUUCCUGGAGUAUAAACAAAGAAUAGAAUCUGAAAGAUGUAGUCAAGCCAUCAAUGAAUUUUAUUUUAAAAUUAAAGGAGAACUCAUCAGAAUGCUUAAAGAAGUCCAGGUGCUGAAAGCUCUGAAAAGGAGGAACGCCAAGAUCAUUUCCGACAUGGAAAAGAAACGGCAGCGUUUGAUUGAAGUCCAGGACGAACUGCUUCGAUUAGAACCACAGCUGAAACAACUACAAACAAAGCAUGACAACCUUAAGGAGAGAAAGUUAUCACUGAAGAAUUCCAUGCAUUUCUUAUCUAAUUUAAAACAGCUGCAUCACGACUAUUCAGAAGUUCGAGAGAAAGAACCAAAGAGGAAGGAGAAGUAUGACUCAUCUAGCCUUCCAGCUCUAUUGUUUAAAGCAAGAACGAUUUUGGGAGCCGAAAAACACCUAAAAACUAUCAACUGUCAGCUGGGGAAGCUCCUUGAGCAGGAAUGAGAAGACCAUAAGCUGAGUUAGCCUCCUGCUGCCAUCUGCCCUGGAGCCGUCCGUACUCUUGACAACCAAACUCCCCUUCUGAAAAUGAGCAUGGCCUACUCGUCAGAAUUUAUUACCAUUUUGUCAUUGAAACCAGAUAACACCAGUUUAACUAUGGCUUCUAAAAUAAAUGGUUGGACAGUU